AUCCAUUUAUCGUCGUUCAUUCAUUGAUCAAGUUGGUGUCUUGUCUGUAUAGCGUGUGUUUUAUUCACUGCAUAGUUUCAUUUGUUAUAAAAAAAAAUAGAAUCUCUCCUAGUGUGCAUAAAUAAUAACAAAAAAAAAAUUGUUUUAUUUGUGAUUUUUGAUUUUCUAUUUUAUCUGUGAAGUAAAAUGUGAAAAGAAAAACUACAAAACCAUCAUGGUAAUGUUAAUAUACAAGCGGGUGUAGAAAAACAAAUCACACUCAUACAAUUUUACGUUGGAUAUUCUUUUCGACUGGGAUGUGUGUAGUUUUUUUUUCAAUUCGGAACUAAAAAUUCAGUGACUGUUCAGGCUAGAAUAUUCAACCAUAAUAUAAUGCUCAUUGCAUAGUGACACUGUAAGCGUAUUUUAUGUUCAAAAUGUGAAUUUUACGUGUGAGGUUUUGAACGGUGUAAAAGCACAUAGAACGUGUAAGCCAUUAAAAAAGCAAGUGACAACAAAUCAUAAAGUCAACCAUUUUUCCGAAGUGAGAUUUCGAUGUAAUAUGGAAUAGAAUGAUUUUCUUUCCAUAGUUAAUCAAUUGUUACAUUCGGUGAAACGUAGAGAAAAAUUAAAAUUAUACAAAUAUGUUCAUCCAUAUGUCGGAUUGAUCAAGAAGAAACAUGUAUUGUGGACCUUUUCAAGUUAACCGGUCGUUAUAAUAAUCGUACGGAUAUUUUCAAGAGCGGUUCUAACAUAGUUGUUACAACAAGCUACUUGCAGGUGCAUCAACUAUUGACUAUGCAGUUAUAAUAUUUGGAGUUAACUGAAAAAAGAAGUCAUUAAAUCAAAUGCAAACAUCAAAUAUAUUGACAGUCAGUUUGAGUUGUGAAGUGCAGUUUUGAAUGAAACACUAAAUGAUAAGAAGUGACUAAAUUGAAAUAGUGCAACAUUUGAUAUUUUUUGAAAGCGACAAAGUUUACUAUAUUUUCAAAGUGGAAAAUCGACACAUCAUUAUUUUAAACAAAAUGAGCUCAAUUUGGAUUAACCUAUCAACGCCAUUUAUCAUAUUAGUUGCACUGAUCUUCACGUUGCAUUCGCAAAAUGGAGUACUUGCUACAGAACAGAAAAAUUCAACUGAUGUGAAACCUGAAACGCCAUUGUGGCAAAUAAGCUCAACACAAACACCAGUGGUUCCAACAUCUUCAUCGAUUGAAACAUCUACAUUACUUGGACCAACCCCUACAUCGCAAGGAAUACAAACUCCAUCCUCAUCAGUGUCAUCAACUUCAGUUAGUCAACCGCACAAUACAGCAAGAGAUGAAAUUUAUAUUGACGACGAAGGACUUGAAGGAUCUGGUGGCCGUGGUGAAAUUCAUGACGAUUUAGAGAAAGAACCGGAAUAUUCUGGCUCUGGAUUUGGACCAGACGAUGAAGAUUCGUCUUCAUCAACACCACAUCGCAAGAAAGUCAACGGAGGAUACAAAUCAACAAACGCAGGAAACGGAGGAUAUAAAGCAACAAACAGUAAGAAUAAAGAACCAAUACCGGAUAAUAGAAAUAGCAAACAGCCCGAAAAGCACCUUCAUUUCCCUACUGAAACGAAUGAAGAUCACCUGGACACGGGGUCGGGUGAUAAACAUAUCGAUAAUGAUAAUGAUGAUGGUGAUGACGAAGACGAUGGUGAUGAUUCGGAUGAGGAGGAUGUGCGUGAACCAAUUGUGCCGACGGAGGAAGAAGAAGGUGGUAAUAAGCCCGGAUACGGUGGUGUUAUACCAAGCGGUAACACCAAUACGAAUAUCGACGAAGAUGACAAUGAGGAUCGUGAUGAUGAUCUAACAACAGUAGUCAAAUCAAAAGAUAUCGAGAAUACCGACGACGAUAUAUCAAACGAAAAACCACCUAUUGAAGACAUAGACAGUGAUUUAACUGAGGGCAGCGAAAUCGAACCGGGUAAAACAGGCAAAAGUGAUAUUGCCACCACUAAGCCAAUACCAGGCAUUGACACUCCAACUGGUAACGAAGUAUUUAUCAUGGAUAAUCGAGGCGAGGAUCGAACAGCCAGUUUCUUUGCGCAACCAGGCAUUCUAGCCGCUGUGAUCGGAGGAGCUGUUGUUGGACUGUUAUGUGCCAUUUUAGUUGUAAUGUUUAUCGUUUAUCGGAUGCGAAAAAAGGACGAGGGUAGCUAUGCAUUAGAUGAGCCAAAGCGAUCACCAGCUGUUAAUUCAUAUGCUAAAAAUGCAAAUAAUCGUGAAUUCUAUGCCUGAGACCAUUUCACAUUAAAUUCAGAUGAUGGUUUGUAAUAUGGACAUUUUUUCUGUUUUUCAUAAGAGGAAAAACGUUAUGAGAAUUAAAAUAAAGAAAAGAUCAUUUUUGUUAUCUAAAUACGCUAUUUUGUAAUAGCGUCAAUUAGAGCAUCUAAUCAAUAUCAUUAAAUCUCUUUAAACUAUAAAAAAUGAAAUGAAAUGAAAUCAAUUAUAUCCAUAUUCGCAUAGAUCGAUUUAUAAAACCAAAAAUAAACACACCCACACACACACAAAGCAAACGAACAAACAAACAAAACUGUAGCAAAACCUACAUGCAGAAAAUAAUCCUAAAAUAACUAAUAAAUUCGAAAGAAAAGAUAAUGUUAAUUGCAGGAGAAAAAUAAAACGAAAAAAAGCAUCUAUUUCAACUACAGAUAAAUGAACACUAAUUUUAUUAUUUAAAAGAAAACAGUCUAAGUGAGGCACCUACAAAACAAAACGAAUAAUGAAUAAUAGAUUUGAAAUUUUAUUCUCAUAAAUGUGUGUUAUAAAUAAAAAGGAAGUAUACUCAAACACAAGAAGAAAAAACAAAAAUAAAAGCCGAUUACAAGCAAUUCGAUGUUUUAUGUAACUCUCAAACACACAAAACAAAAUUUUGAUCUUUUAUUCGUUGACAUGAAACCUGAGAAAGUGUGAUGUCGAUCAGGAAUCAGCACUGACUCGUACGAUUUACUUAUAUAUUUUUCACUAACAUACCACAAUCGAUGUUGUCGAUGUGUUAUUCACUAAUAUUAAAGUAAAAUGAAAAUGGAAAAUCUAACACACACACACAAAUAUAUUUGAGAGUAAAUUAUAAUUGAAUGGAAAGUAUAAUAAUAGGGUACAUAUAUAGUUUUCAAAUGAAUUGUCGAAAAUAGUUGAUUUGCAUUUCAGCGUAAGCAUUAGCCAGCUAAAUGAAUAUUUUUUUCUGUGGGGGUAAUUUAUGAAUAUAAAAAAGAACAAAUACCAGUUAAUAAGAUUGGAGUAUAAUAUUUAAAGCGAAUCAGAUAGAUUAAUGAGCUGUUCAGAAAGAGAGUUUGAAAGAAAACAAAUAUUUUAGAAUUUUUUUUUUUAAAGUGGCAGUAUGGUGAAAUUGCCAUUCACCGCAUGUAAAAUCACAACCAUUACUAUACUAUACCUAGGCAAAAGGACAAGAGCGCUGCACACGAUAAGAAAUACAAUAACAACAAGAAGAUUCUAUAUACAAUAGAGCAGUAAUAUUUUGUAUACGCAUAAAAAAAUAAUAGAAAAAACGAUUGUCAAUGCUGCGUCUCAUUAAAAAGUCCAGUUUUUUGCCGUAUGUGGUGCCGAUAUUCAUGACAUUUCAUUUAUAAAUUUCUUAAUAUAUUCGACCACCAUUACCAAAAUAAUUAGAACUUUGGAAAAAUCACUUGCAGCUCAUUUCGUUUCAAUUUCCGAUCGAUUUAUCAAUCGAUACAAACAAUUCUGUAAAUUCUUUUUCUUGUAUUUUUUAAACAUUUAAAAUAUGGCACUAUCGUCAAUCAUGAAUGAAAAUCUUAGCGAUAUAUGGGGGCAUUCUUAGACUUUUACACGGGUGCGUUAUGGAAGCGCACAAUCAAUUAUUAUCGCUGGAAUUUUUUUAUUAAAAUGCAAUAAAAACUGUAUUUUAAAUUUAAAGUCCGACUGCCAAAUAAAUUGUAGACAUUUUUUAAAGAUUUUUUUCGACUCGAUACACAUUA